AAAGGAAUCUGAGACUGUCUGUUUGAAGUGAAAACAUAUUCAAUUCGACAUUUGUUAUGUUUUAUCAACACUAUUAUUGUUAAUAUUUACUGGUUAAGAAUUGGUUAAUUGUUUUUUAAAAGUAUAAUUUUUGAUUGUCAGUUUAAAGUAAUUAUCUUCUUGAAUCAAUCGACCUUUUUCCGGUUACUGUUGUCUUUUCAAUACUAACGGUAGACUCAUUAUUUUUCCUCCAUUUUAUCCUUCCUUUUUUAUUCCUUUUCAAAGUUAAUUUAAUUAAAUUCUUUUAAGCCCAUUUUACACCUUGUUAUCCACAAUGUUUGAGGCGAUUACUAAAAAAUUAUCCCCUUCAUCUUUACGCAGUAAAACACGAGAAAUGGUGCCCAUCGAUGAGGCUAAAAAGAUUGUGGCUUACGCUGCUGUUGAUGACUUAUUGCAGGACAAUAUGGUGCUAGGAAUUGGAAGUGGUUCAACAAUUAUUCCAGCAGUGACCAGGAUUGCUGAAAAAGUGGCACAGUCAAAUUUAAAGAUCAAAUGUGUACCAACAUCUUUUCAGGCUCGUCAGCUUAUUUUGGCUCAUAAUUUGCCUCUCUAUGAUCUUGAAAUUUGUCCCGAGCUUGAUUUGACCAUCGAUGGAGCCGAUGAGGUGGAAAGAUCAACAAAGUACUGUAUCAAAGGAGGUGGUGGUUGUCUUUUGCAAGAAAAAAUAGUUGCCUCGGCAUCCAAGAGCUUAGCAAUCAUAUGUGAUUACACUAAAAUAAGUGGACAGUUGGGUGAUCAAUGGAAAAAAGGAAUACCCAUCGAAGUAGCUCCAAUAUCUCAUGUUGUCGUGAAGAGAAAGAUUGAAUUUACUUUCGGUGGAGAAGCUAAUUUAAGAAUGGCCAAAGCAAAAGCUGGACCUUUAGUAACCGAUAAUGGAAAUUUCAUUCUGGAUUGGGACUUUACAUUUAAAGAGGAUUCUCAGAUGCCUUGGGAUGAAAUCAAUCAAUCUUUAAUGAUGAUACCUGGGAUUAUUGAUACUGGAUUAUUUAUAAAUAUGGCAAACGUUGUUUAUUAUGCCGAGAAAGAUGGUUCUGUGCAUAAAAUUUGAUCUUACUUCAAUUCACAUGUAUUUACAUUUUUAAUAUGGCAUUUUUAAAAGACAAUUUGGUUAUAUUGAAAAAGACAGUACAAUCACAAAUGUAUUCAAUGUUCCCUGAUUUUGCAAUACUUUUAUAUUUAUAAUGAUUGAAAAUGAAUUUCAUUGAAAUAAAAUCGAAAAAUUGAA